GCGCUCUUUCAGUUCUCAAACAGGUCGGCUCAGUGGACAUAUAAAGGAGCGCAGCCUGCAGCCACAGCACUUCGGCAACAGUCGGGAAUCAUGUCUGGACGCGGCAAGGGAGGCAAGGGGCUGGGCAAAGGUGGUGCCAAGCGGCACAGGAAGGUGCUUCGGGAUAAUAUCCAGGGUAUCACCAAGCCUGCCAUCCGCCGCCUGGCUCGCCGUGGCGGCGUCAAGCGCAUUUCGGGACUCAUCUACGAGGAGACCCGCGGCGUGCUGAAGGUGUUCCUGGAGAACGUGAUCCGGGACGCCGUCACCUACACCGAGCACGCCAAGAGGAAGACUGUCACCGCCAUGGACGUGGUCUACGCUCUCAAGCGCCAGGGCCGGACCCUCUACGGCUUCGGCGGCUGGGCGGAAACCAAUUCCAAAGCCCUGGCCCCGCCCGCGCUCUUUCAGUUCUCAAACAGGUCGGCUCAGUGGACAUAUAAAGGAGCGCAGCCUGCAGCUACAGCACUUCGGCAACAGUCGGGAAUCAUUAUGUCUGGACGUGGUAAGGGAGGCAAAGGGCUGGGCAAAGGUGGUGCCAAGCGGCACAGGAAGGUGCUUCGGGAUAACAUCCAGGGUAUCACCAAGCCUGCCAUCCGCCGCCUGGCUCGCCGUGGCGGUGUCAAGCGCAUUUCGGGACUCAUCUACGAGGAGACCCGCGGCGUGCUGAAGGUGUUCCUGGAGAACGUGAUCCGGGACGCCGUCACCUACACCGAGCACGCCAAGAGGAAGACCGUCACCGCCAUGGACGUGGUCUACGCUCUCAAGCGCCAGGGCCGGACCCUCUAUGGCUUCGGCGGCUAAAUCAACUAACUGCAAUU